AUGACAAUUAAAGAAAACUGGAAAGAAGAAGUGGCAGUGGCCUCCCACCGUUGCGGUGUAUCUACACCUCACCACCUGGUGUCGCGGCGGGCGCGGCCGGCGGCUCUCCGGGAGUCUGGCGAGCCGCGACCGCGACAGCCGCGCCUUGACUUGGUGCCUCUUCGCUCUGCUGCUGCUGCUGCUGCUGCGGUGUAUGUACACCUCAAGAUGGAGACCGACGCAGCAGCAACGCAAAACCAAAACAACAACACAGCAGCAGCAGGACCUGAUGGCUCAGCAGCAGCCACGCAGCAGCCCUUGAAGCCAGGGGCUGAGUCCCCUGCUGCUGCUGCUGCUCCUGCUGCUGCUGCUCCUGCUGCUGCUGCGUCUGUUCCGCAAGGAAAUGGGGCGCUGCCGGUGAAGCGGGAGGAGCCGCUGCUGUCCCCCAAGUCCGAAGUCGAUGCAGCAGCAGCAGCAGCAGCAGCAGCCCCCGAAUCAGCUGCAGCAAAGCCAGCAGCAGCAGGAGACGCUGCUGCUGCUCCCGCUGCUGCUGCAGUAAAGCGCGACGGGGACGCCGCCGCAGCGAAGGGCGGGAGCCCCCCCGCCGCCUCCGCAGCCCCUGCUGCUGCCGCUGCGCCAGCUGCUGCUGCUGCUGCGCCUGCUGCUGCUGCUGCUGCUGCUGCGCAGCUGGUGGCUCUGAACCGCGGCGAAGUGGAGCUGAAGCUGCAGCGGCUGUUCGAAAUGUGGGAAGGCCGCGGCAUUAACGCCAAGACAGAAGCCUGGGCAGCAGUUGACGCCAUUUGUGUCUUCGUCGGAAGAGCAGCAGAAGAAGACGAAAGUGCUGCUGAACGCAUACAGUCGUGGCUGACGGGUUUUCAGUUUUUGGAAACUCUCUUCAUUUUUGUUCGGACGACGAAAGAGUGGCUGGUUUUGACUUCGGCGAAAAAAGCUGAACACCUGCGGCAGCUGGAGGCGAUUGGGGGUCUUCAGAUUUUCUUGAAAGACUCGCAGGAGGGAAAUGCGAAGAGUCUGCAGCAGAUGGCUGCGGCGCUGCGCCGCGCGGCGGGAGUGGACUCCGACAGCGGCGUGCGCCUGGCGGUCUUUCUGGGAGGCUCAGUGCUGACAACUCCCGGAACUUUGGCUGCAGACGUAAUUCCGUGGAUUAAGUCUUUUGCAAACAAGGAAGAAAACAUUGAAGUGCCGCUUUCCCCGCUUACGGCGACCCUGACGCCUUCGGAAAUGGCACUCGUCGCGGACGCCAGCCGCGUGUCAGUGGCCAUGGUGAAGCACCAGCUGGUCUCUCGAGUUGAAUUCGUUUUGGAUAAUGGCCAAAACGAGUCCCACAAGAGCAUUUGCGACAGAGCCGAGCUGCUGCUGAAGGACCAGAAGCAGCUGCAGCGGCUCAAGGAGAAGUGCAACCUGGACCCGAGCGAGGUGGAAGUGCUGUUUAAAAACGUGCAGAGUGGCCGUCACUUCGAUUUAAGAGCUUCUGCGUUGCCUUCUGGAGAAGCUUUGUCUCAGUCUGAAGGCACAAUUAUUAUUUCUUUGGGAUGCAAAUAUAAAGACUUCUGCGCAGCGCUUUGCCGCACUUUCAUUCUUAAUGGCAAAAAGGAGCAGAAGGAGACUUACGAGUUGGCGCUGGAGCUGCAGCAGCAUUUAAUUGGAAGUUUAAAAGUUGGAGUUUCCUUUUCUGCAAUUCACGAAAAAGCAGUUUCUUUCAUUUCUUCGCGGAAACCUGAGCUGUCUAGACACCUCGCGAAGAACGUCGGACACACCAUCGGCGCGCAUUACCGAGACCCCCGUUUGGUCUUCAAUCAAAAGAAUGACAAAGUCUUCGUGGAGCCUGAAAUGGCCUUUUUGGUCAGCGUGGCCUUCAGCGACUUAAAAACUGCCGAAGGAAAAGAAUAUGCAGUUUGGCUCGCAGACACUGUCUGGCUCCGUCCAGACGGCACCACUCAAGUGCUGACGGAGGGCCUUUCUUCGCAGUUGGCGUACGUGAACUACGAGCUGGACGAGGGGGAAGAAGAAGCAGCAGAAAGUCCUUUGAAGGCGAAGAGCAGCAAAGAAGGGCGGCGGGAGAAGCGGGAAGAAGGGGAGUUGGUGGAGAAGAAGAAGUCGCGGGAAAAAGGAAAAGAAAAAGAAAAAGAAAAGGAAAAAAAGGAAAAAGAAAAGAACUCCGAGAAGCCCGAAAAGCCCUCCAGCGGCACCAUCUCCGCCAGCGUCUUGAAAAACGCAGAAAGCCUCAUUUUGAAAGAUAGACUCCGGAGAAGAGAUAAUGGAUCUGCUGCUCACAUGGAAGCAGCAGAAGAGAGAGACAACAGGCAGCGCGAACUCCGCAAAAAGAAGCUUUCCGCGCUGCAGCAGCGCUUCGCACGCGAAGAGGCGGAAGACGGCGGCGACGAGCAGCAGCAAAAACGCCAAAAGAAAAUGCAAGACUUACGGGCCUUCAGCUCUCCUGAGGAGUUCCCCAAAGACCUCCGGCCCAGCAAACUGUACGUGGACAUGAAGUCGGAGUGCCUCUUCGUGCCGUUUCCCGGCCACCACUUGCCAUUUCAUUUGUCGACGGUGAAGAACGUGACCUGCAGCGAGUCGGAGGCGAACUUGGGGGCUGCGCGCGCAGCAGCAGGCAGCAAGCCGAGUCGCUUUUCGAUUUUGCGAAUUAAUUUCCAAGUCCCAGGGUCUCAAACUCUGACGCAAAAGGGAGAAGAAAACCCUUUGCCGGACAUUGCGGGCAAAAACCAACUCUUCGUCAAAGAGCUCAUGUUCAAGAGCGAAGACAGCCGCCACCUCCAAAAUAUAUACAGGACCAUCAAGGAGCAGCUGAAGCGAGUGAAGCAGAAAGCUGCAGAAGACCUGCAGUACCCGGGAGAGCUGGCAGCUCAAGAAAAGUUAGUUUUGAACAGAUCUGGAAGAAGAAUUCUUUUGAAAGAUCUGAUGAUCAGGCCAAACAUCUCAACGGGAAUGCGGAAGCUGAUCGGCGCGCUGGAGGCGCACACCAACGGCUUGAGGUUCACCGUGAACACCCGCGGCCAAAUGGAUGUUGUCGAUAUCACUUAUUCAAAUAUCAAACAUGCAAUUCUGCAGCCUUGCGAGCGCGAGUUGAUUGUGUUGGUUCAUUUCCACUUGAAGGCCCCUAUUCUGGUGGGAAAGAAGAGAACUCAAGACGUUCAGUUCUACACGGAGGCGGGCACGCAAACAGACGACUUGGACAACCGGAGGAACCGGUCUUACCAUGACCCAGAUGAGACUUUGGACGAAAUGCGAGAGAGGGAAAUGAAGAAGAAAUUAAAUGGCGAGUUCAAAAGAUUUGUUCAGCAAGUCGAAGAAGUCUCGAAAGUUGAAUUCGACUUGCCUUACAGGGAGCUGCGCUUCUCGGGAGUGCCGCUGAAGUCCAACGUGGAAAUUCUCCCAACUGCAAACUGUCUGGUCCAUUUGGUGGAGUGGCCGCCCUUCGUGUUGCCUCUGGAAGACAUAGAAAUAGUAUCUUUCGAGCGGGUGGCGCACGGCCUGCGCAACUUCGACAUGGAUUAUAACAAGCCGGUGAAACGCAUCGACUUGAUCCCAAUUGAAUAUCUCGACAAUUUAAAGAGAUGGCUCAACGAACUCGAAAUCGUCUGGUAUGAAGGAAAACAAAACUUGAACUGGGCGGCCAUUCUGAAAGAAAUUCGCGACGACCCUCGCGGUUUCGUAGAAGACGGUGGAUUCGACAUGUUCCUGGGCGACGUAAACGGCAGCGAAGAAGAGGGAGAGGAAAGCGAAGACGACGACGACGAGGAAUACGCGGAGCAGUCUUCGAGUGACGACGACAAGGAGUUCAACGCCGAGGGCUCGGACUCGGGCGAAAGCAGCGGCGGCGGCAGCGACAGCGACUUUUCUUCAGAUGAUUCUUCUUUAGCUGACGAAAGCGACGACGAAGAAGCAGCAGCAACAGACGAAGACGAAGAAGAAGGACUCAGCUGGGACGAACUCGAAGAAAGAGCCAAAAAAGAGGACAGGAAGCGCCGCGCCGACGAGGACUCGGAAGGGGAGGAGACGCGGACAAGAAAAAAGCGGAAGUGA